CAAGUGUUCCAUGAACGUCUCAUACAUUUACACAAUUCUCCAUCUUCCUCAGACCAGGCAAGGGACCAACCUUCGUCCUGCGCAUAUUUAAAAUAUUUGACCAAUUUUGCUCACUCAUCUCGACUACAAGAACCAGUUAUGACUGACUCCAAAUAUUUCACAACAAACAAAAAAGGGGAGAUCUUUGAGCUGAAGGCAGAGCUGAACAAUGAGAAGAAGGAGAAGCGAAAGGAGGCGGUCAAGAAGGUCAUCGCUGCCAUGACGGUCGGCAAGGAUGUCAGCUCUUUGUUCCCGGAUGUGGUCAACUGCAUGCAGACCGACAACCUGGAGCUGAAGAAGUUGGUGUACCUCUACUUGAUGAACUAUGCCAAAAGCCAGCCGGACAUGGCCAUCAUGGCCGUCAACAGCUUUGUCAAGGACUGUGAAGACCCCAACCCACUGAUCCGGGCCCUGGCCGUCCGCACCAUGGGCUGCAUCCGAGUGGACAAGAUCACGGAGUACCUGUGUGAGCCACUGAGGAAGUGCCUGAAGGAUGAGGACCCUUAUGUGAGGAAGACGGCGGCUGUGUGUGUGGCCAAGCUUCACGACAUCAACGCCCAGAUGGUGGAGGACCAGGGCUUCUUGGACUCGCUGAGGGAUCUCAUCGCCGACUCCAACCCCAUGGUCGUUGCCAACGCUGUCGCCGCUCUGUCGGAGAUCAGCGAGUCUCACCCCAACAGCAACCUGCUGGACCUCAACCCCCAGAACAUCAACAAGCUGCUGACUGCCCUCAACGAGUGCACUGAAUGGGGUCAGAUCUUCAUCCUGGACUGCCUGUCCAACUACAACCCCAAAGAUGAGCGCGAGGCCCAGAGCAUUUGCGAGCGUGUCACUCCACGGCUGUCCCACGCCAACUCUGCAGUGGUUCUGUCAGCGGUCAAGGUGCUGAUGAAGUUCCUGGAGCUUCUGCCCAAAGACUCCGACUACUACAACACCUUGCUAAAGAAACUAUCACCACCACUCGUCACUUUGCUCUCCGGAGAGCCCGAGGUCCAGUACGUGGCGCUGAGGAACAUCAACCUCAUAGUGCAGAAAAGGCCUGAGAUCCUAAAGCAGGAAAUCAAAGUGUUCUUUGUCAAGUACAACGACCCCAUUUAUGUGAAACUGGAGAAGCUGGACAUCAUGAUCCGCUUGGCCUCCCAGGCUAACAUUGCCCAGGUGCUGGCUGAGUUGAAGGAGUAUGCCACAGAGGUGGAUGUUGACUUUGUGCGCAAAGCUGUACGCGCUAUUGGUCGCUGUGCCAUCAAAGUUGAGCAAUCUGCAGAGCGCUGUGUCAGCACCCUUCUGGACCUCAUCCAGACCAAAGUCAACUAUGUGGUUCAAGAGGCCAUUGUGGUCAUCAGAGAUAUCUUCCGCAAGUACCCCAACAAGUAUGAGAGCAUCAUCGCCACCCUAUGUGAGAACCUGGACUCUCUGGAUGAGCCGGACGCUCGCGCUGCCAUGAUCUGGAUCGUUGGCGAGUACGCCGAGAGGAUCGAUAACGCCGAUGAGCUGCUGGAGAGCUUCCUGGAGGGCUUCCAUGAUGAGAGCACGCAGGUCCAGCUCACUCUCCUGACCGCCAUCGUCAAGCUCUUCCUGAAGAAGCCAUCUGAGACGCAGGAGUUGGUGCAACAGGUCCUCAGCCUCGCCACUCAGGAUUCGGACAACCCGGACCUGCGCGACAGAGGCUACAUCUACUGGCGCCUGCUUUCCACCGACCCGGUCACCGCCAAGGAGGUGGUUCUGUCCGAGAAGCCCCUCAUCUCAGAGGAGACGGAUCUGAUCGAACCCACCCUGCUGGAUGAGCUUAUCUGCCACAUCGGCUCCCUGGCGUCGGUCUAUCACAAGCCGCCCAGCGCCUUUGUGGAGGGCAGCCAUGGAAUCCACCGGAAACACCUCCCUGUCCAGCACAGCAGCAUCGACACAGGCGAGAGUCCAGUGAGCGGCGGGCCAGCAGCUGCCAUGGACCAGCCUCAUGUAAUCCCUAGCCAGGGCGAUCUGCUGGGCGACCUUCUCAACCUGGACCUGGGCCCUCCUGUCAAUGUGCCUCAGGUGUCCUCCAUGCAGAUGGGUGCGGUGGACCUUCUGGGAGGAGGCCUGGACAGCUUGCUGGGGGGAGACCUGGGCGGAGGUGUUGGGGGAAGUCCAGCUGUGGGCCAGAACUUCAUCCCUUCGUCCGUCCCCAGCACGUUUGCUCCAUCACCCACUCCGGCACCUCCGGCUGUCAGCAGCAGCGGCCUCAAUGACUUGUUUGAGCUCUCCACGGGCAUGGCCAUUGCAUCCGGAGGCUACGUGGCGCCGAAAGCUGUGUGGCUGCCUGCAGUGAAAGCCAAGGGACUGGAGAUCUCUGGAACGUUUUCUCGCCGUCAGGGCCACAUGUACAUGGACAUGACCUUCACCAACAAGGCUCUGCAGCACAUGACCGACUUUGCAGUCCAAUUCAACAAGAACAGCUUUGGGAUGAUCCCCACCAGCCCGCUGCCCAUUCACACUCCUCUAAUGCCCAGCCAGAGCAUUGACAUCUCUUUGCCCAUCAACACAAUCGGGCCAGUCAUGAAGAUGGACCCUCUCAACAAUCUCCAGGUGGCCGUGAAGAACAACAUUGAUGUAUUCUACUACAGCGUGCUCAUCCCUCUCAACAUAUUCUUUGUGGAGGAUGGGAAAAUGGAGCGGCAGGUGUUUCUUGCUACCUGGAAAGACAUUCCCAAUGAGAAUGAGCUGCAGUACCAGAUAAAGGAGUGCCACCUAAAUGCAGACACAGUGUCGGGCAAGCUGCAGAACAACAACAUCUACACCAUCGCCAAGAGGAACGUAGAAGGACAGGACAUGCUCUACCAGUCCCUCAAGCUCACCAACGGAAUCUGGAUCUUGGCCGAGCUCCGCAUCCAGCCGGGCAACCCCAACUACACGCUGUCUCUCAAGUGUCGGGCCCCCGAAGUCUCUCAGUAUGUGUUCCAGAUGUACGACGCAGUGCUGAAGAACUGAGCAGCCCGUUUCAUUCAUCUGGGCAUUGAACACAGUUGUGUUACCUCCCUGCCAAAAAAAAAAAAAAAAAAAGAGGCAAACAUCCUAACAGGACAAGACAAAUAGAUUUUCUUCCCGUAGAUGAAAAGGUAAAUGUUAUGUAGUUCAUGCAAAUUGCAAAAUGUGUUGUUGCUCAGAGGUUCUUUCAUGAGAGAUUUUUUGGGACACGUACUGUAGGUCACCAUCCAUGAUAUUUUUAGCUUCUCAGUGAAAACGUGUCAAAUCAUUCCAUCCUGAAGUGUCUUAAUGUUGUGACUUCCAGAUAUCAUUGCAUGUGGCUCACAUUUUAUUUUUAAUACUAGCUGUUUCUUUUUGCCUGCGAUGAUGCCACUAUUGUUAUCACUAUCGUUAUCAUGCGUCUUACUCAGCACUCCCACCUUUUGGAUUAGUUAGCAUUUGCUGUUAAGGUUGCUGUUUUAAUACAUGACCAAAUGAUUGCAAAGCACUGAAGUUGAAUCUUAAAGCUACAUUUAAUGGACCUUUUUCGCUUAUACUACAUACCUGCAAAAACAAGUGUUGUUACCUCCCUGAUGGAACAGGAAGUGCACCGCACGGUGCUUGCUAGUCGCCAAUCGUCCCACUAUUGCAACCACAUAGUUGUACUCUAGCAAACUCUAAAUGCUAUUUAUUGUUCAUCUACCUCUUGUGUUUCCUUGAAAAUGAUCCUUUUGGUUGUGGUGAUUCUCAAUUAACUCUUGUUUUCUUUUCACCUACUUUUUGUCGAGCCAGUUCAAACCUUUUGCAUCUCAGUUAAACCAAACUCCCAGGACCAAGCAUUCACUUGUUAAAGGCCAUAUAUUUUUGUUUUCUUGUAACAAGCUGAGUGCGAUUCAGUCGUCAAGGCCCAGCGUUGUCUUCGUCCUGUGUAGAUUAGUGAUGAUAUUUGUGUCAGUAAAAAGUACGCGACAUUGGCAUUAAUUACCCUUUAUAUAUAACACAAUAAAGCCUACUUCUGGCUGUGUAUUAUUUGUUGGUGGGAUUACUAUGUACAAAAAAUAUGAAUAUACUCCAUGUGUCCAUUUUUAUCCCUUGUUGUGGAUUUUCCCCAAUUUAAAACAAUGACUUGCAGGUUUAUGUAUUUUUUAUGCACAUUUAGGUGCACUCCUGUAAACAUCUUUAUCCAGCAGUACGGAAAAAGAAUUAAAUGAAAUGAUUUGUCCUGCAUCAAUAAAGUGUCACCAUGCA